AUGGAGAAGCACGAGAGGGCAGUGCGUGCCAGAGAAGUAUGUGAGGUUAGUGAAGGAAAUGUACAGAGGAGCAAUGACACAACGCAGGUGAGAAGUAGUGUGGGCAUGACAAAGGAGUUUCCAGUAAAAGUAGGGUUACAUCAAGGGUCUGCACGUAGUUCCUACCUCUUUGACCUGAUUAUGGAUGUGCUGGUGAAAGAUGUGAAGAAGGAAGUGCCGUGGAAUACGAAGUUUGCGGAUGAUGUGGUUCUUUGUGAGCAGAGCAUUGAUAGAUUUGAGGAAAAGCUGGAGGAGUGGAGGAAGGCACUAGAAGAAAGAGGGAUGAAAAUUAGCAGGACAAAGUCACAAUAUUUAGCACUGAAGGAUGUGCAGAUGAGGUCUUGGAAGAUCCAGGGUGAUGAGCUGAAAUCGGUCUGCAAAUUUAAAUACCUGGGGUUGUACAUACAGAGGGACGGAGGACUGGAAAGUGAGAUACAACACUGA